AUGGCCCCCAUCAAGGUUGGUAUCAACGGUUUCGGUCGCAUUGGCCGUAUCGUCUUCCGCAACGCCAUCGAGCACGAUGACGUCGCCGUCGUUGCUGUCAACGACCCCUUCAUUGAGCCCAAGUACGCUGCGUACAUGCUCAAGUACGACACCACCCACGGCCAGUUCAAGGGCACCGUUGAGGUCAACGGCAGCGACCUGACUGUCAACGGCAAGACCGUCCGCUUCUACACCGAGCGCGACCCCGCCAACAUCCCCUGGGCUGAGACCGGUGCCUACUACAUCGUCGAGUCCACCGGUGUCUUCACCACCACCGAGAAGGCCAAGGCCCACUUGAAGGGUGGUGCCAAGAAGGUUGUCAUCUCCGCUCCUUCCGCUGAUGCCCCCAUGUUCGUCAUGGGCGUCAACAACGAGAGCUACAAGUCCGACAUUGAGGUCCUCUCCAACGCCUCUUGCACCACCAACUGCUUGGCUCCUCUCGCCAAGGUCAUCCACGACAAGUACGGCAUUGUUGAGGCUCUGAUGACCACUGUCCACUCCUACACCGCCACCCAGAAGACCGUUGACGGUCCCUCCGCCAAGGACUGGCGUGGUGGCCGUACCGCUGCUCAGAACAUCAUUCCCAGCAGUACCGGUGCCGCCAAGGCUGUCGGCAAGGUCAUUCCUUCCCUUAACGGCAAGCUCACCGGUAUGGCCAUGCGUGUGCCUACCCCCAACGUCUCCGUUGUCGACCUGACUGCCCGCCUCGAGAAGGGCGCCUCUUACGACGACAUCAAGGCCACCGUCAAGGCUGCUGCCGAGGGCCAGCUCAAGGGCAUUCUCGCCUACACCGAGGACGACGUCGUCUCCUCUGACAUGAACGGCGACUCGCACUCCUCCAUCUUCGAUGCCAAGGCCGGUAUCUCGCUCAACGACAACUUCGUCAAGCUCGUCGCCUGGUACGACAACGAGUGGGGUUACUCCCGCCGUGUCCUUGACCUCCUUGCCUACAUUGCCAAGGUUGACGGCAACGCCUAA